AUGCGCUUUCUUAUUCUUCUUGUUCUGAUUGUCUCCGUCGGUGUCUCGGUCGGAUGUGAGUACUAUUGUAGCUCCACAUUUAUUGUAUCAUGUUCAGAUCCAUAUUACCAGCCAGCAUGGUACAAUGCCCCAUACCAAAUCGGGCAAGGAGUCCGUCCGGCCGAUGAUCAGACCCCUUACAACCCUUACUACCCGUAUUAUCCCUACAACUUUGAAACCUUUAACACUGACUUUUAUAAUCCUUAUAAUAAUUCAUAAAAUUGAUAAAGAUGUGCAGCUACAUUGUUCACGUUUUUGAGUUUGAGGUCACCGAAAUAGUCGUAACUCAAAUAUUUACCUGACAUCUCUGAACCCGUGUAAAACAACAGAAAAGCUCAUCGAAACAGAGAUCCCCAUGAAAUCCGGGGAUCCGAAUCAAAGUGUCCACUCUUCAUUUACCGCCGACAAUCAAAACUUCAUCAUCAUCCGCCGCUGCAUCACUUCCUGAUUACAGUGGCAAACUGUCAGUAAACAGCGGCAGCCGAUUGUUUGGAUUUUCAAAUCCUCCCCUUCGUUCUCUCUUUCAGUAGUUAGUAAGAAAGUAAGAAAGUCAAACAGAAGGGCGGAGGGUCCAACUGUUUGCGCUGAUUCAUUUUGGCAACCGAUCACCGAGUAUAUAAGAAAGGCGGCGAGAGAAAAAGGGACACUUCGAUCCAAUCAUGCAGUUUAUCACGAUUUUAUCCAUUUGCGCUGCUGUUGCACUUGCUCAGCAACAAUGUGAGUUUCCGCGCGUAUUGCCAUGUCAUUGCUCCAUUUUCUUUCAGCCACGACAAACGGCCAGACGGUCUCGACGAACCAGUACUCGGCAGUCUACGCUUCGAAUCAGCAAUACCAAUCCGGCUCCACCCAAGGAGCUCAGUACGAUCAGAACGGACAGAGCAGCACCCUUCAGUACAAUAAUGGAGUGACUUCUCAGCCGAUUCAGUACAACCAGAAUCAGAAUCAAUACGGAACCACCUCCCAAUACGAUCAGAGUCAGAACCAGAACCAGUACGGAACGACUUCCAACACCUACAACGGUAAUCAGCAGAACUCGAACCAACAGUACUCCACUACCUCCAACGCGUACAAUGGAAACCAGAACCAACAAAACUCGAAUCAACAGUACUCUUCUAAUCAGAACCAACAAGGCCAGAACUACGGAGGACAGGCGCAAUACGAUGCGGGACAAAACCAGCAGAACGGACAAAUUCAGGGCUACUCCAACAACGGGUAUUCGUCGCAGAACUCGCAAUUGAGCCAGAGUUCCGCGAGCAACGGAAACACCAGUGUCUCCCUCAUGGAUUAUUCGUUCAACAACGGAAACUGUCAGUACAAAGACGGGCAAGUGAUUGAAAACGGACAGACGAGGCAGGCGACUACGCAGGAGUUGCAGCAGAUCCAGCAGUACAGGGACAGCGUUGAUCAGUACAUGAACCAGGUCAACGGAUAUGUAAGUGAAGAGAUGUGAACUGGGUCAGUUUCAAUUUUAUUUCACCAUCAGGUCGGACAAUGGAUCAACUCAGUGUUCCAAAGUCUUCCGUCAGUCAAUAGCUCCUUCCCCAGCAUUCCAACUUUCCCCACAAUUCCACAGGUGAGAAAUCACAAAGUUUUUCCAAAUCAUAAUCCCUUUCUUCUUUGUAGGCUCCGUGUUUGUGCAGUGCUCAAAACUGUGGUAACACUACAAACACCAACGCCGCUGGAACUUCGCCCCAAUACGAUUACUACGGAAACCAAAUGGGACAAAACGCGCAGUAUCAACAGUCGGCACAGAAUCAGAACGGACAAUAUCAGAACACGCAGUACCAGCAGCAGAACGGGCAGAACCAGAACACCCAAUAUCAGCAGCAGAACGGCCAGAAUCAGAAUGUGCAGUAUCAGCAGACGAGCAACCAGCAAAUGAACAACCAGCAGUACCAGACUGGCAACUAUCAGCAGACGAACAAUCAGUCGAUGGGAUCGCAGAACGGCGCCUAUCAGCAGACGAACAACCAGCAAAUGAGCACCCAACAGACUCAGCAGCAACAGCAGUACUACGGAAGAAGGAAGUGA